CUAACCCCUCAGGAUGUGGAAAACAGAAUAUCCAAACUUUAUAUCUUGUCUCCAAAGAACCCAGAGCAGAAGAUUAUUAAACGAGUGAUUGGUCUGGAAGGAGACAUUGUAAAAACAAUGGGACACAAGAAUCGGUAUGUGAAGAUUCCUAAUGGACACAUUUGGGUAGAAGGUGACCAUCGUGGACAUAGCUUUGACAGUAAUGCCUUUGGACCUGGUUAUGUGAUCUCAGACCAGGAUGCUAGUGGCCACAUGUUUAGGCCUCCAGGCCAUUCAACACUUUGGGGUUUACCGAUUCCAAGAACUGGACUUCAUGUGGAGGUUUCACUUGGACUUCUUCAUGCACAUGCAACUCAUAUACUCUGGCCUCCUGGCCGUUGGCAGAAACUGACACCGCUGUUACCUCAGGAACGCAAUCCAAUAAUGAGCGACAAAGAAUGAUCACAUUUUUAUUAUUAUUAUUAUUUUUUUUUUUUUACAUAUUACUUUGGAUGUGCUUAAUAAGAUACAAUGUUACAAUGUAAAAACCUGUACAUCAUGACUGUCAUUGUUUGGAAGCCUGAUUGGUUGAAUUUCAAAGAAUCUUUGAUUAAAAUGUUAUGCAUUAUUUUGAUGAUUUAAGGUAACCUAAUGUGUCAAUGACCACUUUUCUGGAAAUGUUGAAAAAAUAUUUGGUUUUGAUUAAUAAAAGCA